AGAUGAGACUUUUAGGGUUCAAGUCUCGGCACAAGACACGAGAGGCCGCUGUUCAACCGAGGCAAACUUACUGCUGACUGUCACGUUAACGCGUUGCACGGAAGUUUAAUUUCAUCAACAAAUAUGGCCACCGACAGCAACUACUGGGAAGAACUGCGAAAGCAGGCCAGGCAGCUGGAGAACGAGCUGGACCUAAAGAUAGUAUCCUUCAGUAAGCUUUGUACCAGCUACACUACAUCCCGUGAUCCUCGCCAUGGAGAUACCAGGUUAGACUCGUUACCCCUGUCGGGGGGUUCUCAGAAUGGCACAGGCUUACUGGAUGCCGUGGCUACACAACUGGAGCAGCUGUUGGCUAGGCUGACAGGUGUGAAUGACAUGAUGUCAGAAUACACAAGUACACCAGGAACCUCGUCACACAACACUGCCCAGAUGCACACUUUACAGAGACACAGAGACAUCCUACUGGACUACACCCAUGAAUUCCACAAAACAAGAGGAAGCUUCCUUAGCCUGAGAGAGCGAGAGGACUUGCUGGGGUCUGUCCACAGAGACAUAGAGUCAUAUAAGAGUGGCACAGGGGUGAAUAACAGAAGGAGUGAACUAUUACUGAAAGAACACGAACACCUGAGGAACUCAGACAGACGGAUUGAUGACACGAUAAGUAUUGCCAUGGCUACCAAGGAGAACAUGACGCUUCAGCGAGGGAUGCUGAGGUCUGUUCAAAACAGGGUCAACACUCUGUCCAAUCGAUUCCCAGCCAUAAACAACCUCAUCCAGCGAAUCAACUUGAGGAAGAGGAGGGACUCAAUAAUAUUUGGUGGAGUCAUUGGUGUCUGCACCUUCCUCUUGCUCCUCUACACCUUUCACUAACACCUUGGUAGACAUUUUCACUGACCAUUAAACUGACAAAGUAUAAUUCUAGUUUUGUGUAUGAAUGGACCAAAGCUGUUAAAUUAAGAAAGGGAAUGUUGUGUGUUAGGAAUGUUGUAGCUGAUAUUUGAGAUGGAAUGAGUUUCAGGCUCUCAUCUACUCUGCGCUGAGGGAAUUGAUCGCAAGUGAAAACAUUCUUGUCAAAUAUAUGUAUUUAUAUUUUUAUCUGAUGAUACGUUUGUUUUAUAUUAUAUUAUUUCAGGAUUAAAUGAUGUUUUUGGAGA